CCUGGGCUGAGGCCCUGGGUCCAGGGAAGUGGCCCGAGGGCUCGGGACGAGCGGGGAGGCUUUUUCGUCCUUUUGCCCGUAAACUUGACCAAUAGCACCUGGGCGUUGCGGACCUUGUGCCCCCUUCCCCCCCCUCCCUUUCAAAUCACAAUCGUGGGGGUGCCGCGAGCUCGAUUCCCAGUGGAUGCCCCCGCCUCCUCAUCGGCCUCAGCGCCUGAGAAGAGUGGGGACCACCACGUGGACCGACAGCUGGCGGGGGGUUGGGGGAUCACCAUAAGACCUAUAUGACAGGCCCUGGUCCUGUAUGUGGACGCCGAGUCCGUGGGCUGCGGGGGUGCAAACACUGAAUCCUCUGGGCUACUCUCCGUAAUGUCACGUCACGCCCUCCCCCAAUUCUCGCGGGCUGUAAUUUUUUUUUCUCCAGGGUCGAGACUCUGGGGAAUUUUAAGUGGCCCAGAAGACCCCUCUUCUCUCCCAUGAUUUCCCCCACUCUCCCCAAGGAGGAAGUGCCUAAUAUGGGCAGUGAGGGACUCUGGGAAUGAAGCCCCAGUCCACUGCCUUCUCUGGUAAAUGGGAUGUAAAACAAAAGGGGCAGGGAGGUUGGGCUAGUGGCCUAUGGCAGAGGUUGGCACUGGGGCUCACAGGACUUUUUUGACAUGACUGCUAAUGACUCACCCAAACAUGGGGUCAGAGUGGGAAGAUAUGUGGUCGAUAGGGAUGCUGGGCCCCAGAUAAAGGGGAGCAUAUGGUAGCUGUGGCCAGGGAAAGAUGAUGUGAGGCUCUCACUGGAGCCUGGGCCACUGGCUCAGGAGUAUGGUAGCAAGAGAUUAUAGCUUUAGAGCUGGAAGAGAAUUUAGGUAGCCAACUGCAUCCCCUCCUUAUUUAAAGAAGAAGAAAUAAGCUCAGAAAGGAAGGCAACUUGCCCAAGGUCACAGGGGACCUGGCAGGAGCCAGGUUUUUUUUUUUACCCAUACCUUCCAUCUUGGAGUCAAUACUGUGUAUUGGCUCCAAGGCAGAAGAGUGGUAAGGGCUAGGCAAUGGGGGUCAAAUGACUUGCCCAGGGUCACACAGCUGGGAAGUGUCUGAGGCCAGGUUUGAACCUAGGACCUCCCAUCUCUAGGCCCCCUGGAGCCAGGGUUUUAAAUCUAGUUUUGUUUUGUUUUCCAAAUCCAACUCUUCCUGCUAACAAGCUUUGGAUCUUCAGUACUCUCUUCCCCAUUCCCACAGCAUAUACUGAAGCUUUCUCAUAAAAAAAAACAAAACAAAACUUAAAACUAAAAAAUUAUUUCCAUUUUUAGUCUCAAAAAGCAAUCAGACAUCAUAGCAUGGUGUAGAGAGAAGUACACAGUACCAGGAGUCAAGAGAUCUGAUUUCUACUUCUAGCUCUACCUUUAAUUUACUGUAUGACUUUGGGAAAAUCUCUUUCUUCUUCUGGGCUUCAUAUUUCCCUUCAGUGAGAUGAGGAGGUUGGAGUAGAUGACCUUUAAGGUUCCUUCUAGCAUUAAGUAUUUUGUGGCCCUUAGAUGUUGAUAGUGACUUGGUAUUUAGUUUCUGUUAGAACUGUUGGAACUGGAGUCAGCUAAAUGGCUCAGUUGAGAGAAAGUCAGGUCUAGAGAUGAGGUUCUGGGUUUGAAUUGGACCUCAGCAACUUCCUAGCUGUGUGACCCUGGGCAAGUCACUUAACCCCUAUUGUUCUCUCCUGCUUCUCUCCUGCCCUAGAACCAAUGCAUUAUAUUGACUCUAAGAUGGAAGAUAAGAAUUUAAAAUAAAAAUAACGAUUGGAACUACUGAAGUGGUCAAGGCAGGCAUAACCCUGAAUUUGUGGGAUCAAAAGGUGAUAGUAGAAGGGUAUGAUAAACAGUUCAUGUCUCUUUAUUUGUAUAAUUUAAAUUUUUAAAUUUUAAUUUUUUCCCUCAAGGACCUCCGUAUCUACCAUAUAAUCUUCAGAGCAACUUUGUGAGAUAAAUAAGGGGGUAGGGAGGGAAGAGCAGUAGUAUUGUUACUAUUUUAUGAUGAUUUUAAACAAAACCCUACCCUGCUGUCUCAAAGACCUAAUGGUGACUCCGACUUCUAGAAGGUUAUACCAGGAAAACAUAAGUUCUGGCAACACAAAUGGUCCUGAUCAUCAAAUCAUAAAGGUCUCAUUGCACCAGUCUGUACAGAGAGGUGUCGGAGACCUGCUGGCCCAUCGUCUACUCUCCAAAAUAUAACAUCAAAUUUUUGGGCUUGGAGAAGCUCCAUCCAUUUGAUGUUGAGAAAUGGGGGAGAGUUGUCCAUCUCUUGAAAGGUAAAUGUAGACCUUUCUCUCUGACCUCAAACACAGACAAGCACAAAGUAAUGCUGUAGCAAAACUGGGAAAUGCAGAAGGCAAUUUCCUUUCGGAUGUAAUGAUUGUGGAGGCUCAGGAAGUCUCUGAGGAAGACCUGAAGGUGGCACAUACAGAACAAUACUUGAGGAAGCUGAAGUGUUCUUUUUCAGUGGCAAAAAUCAUUGAGAUGCUACCAAUUGCCUUUAUUCCUAACUUCCUGGUGCAGAGGACUGUUCUAAGACCUCUAAGGUUCCAGACAGGAGGAACUAUUAUGGCUGGGAAACUGGCUGUUGAUUAUGGCUGGGCCAUCAAUAUAGGUGGUGGGUUCCAUCACUGUUCUGGUAGCAGAGGAGGAAGAUUUUGUAUCUAUGCUGAUAUUACCCUCUGUAUUAAGUUUCUAUUUGAGCGAGUAGCUGGAAUUUCCAGAGUCACCAUUAUCGACCUGGAUGCACACCAGGGGAAUGGUCACGAGACGGAUUUCCUGGAUGACAAUCGAGUGUACAUCAUGGAUGUCUACAACUAUCACAUUUACCCAUACGAUAGCAUUGCUAAACGUGCCAUAAGGCAGAUGGUUGAGUUGGACUGGAAUACGGAAGAUGAAGAAUAUCUGGAGAAGGUGAAAGAGCACUUGGAGAUGGCCCUGGAUGAGUGGCUGCCUCAUUUGGUCAUAUACAAUGCUGGCACAGACAUUAUGGUGGGUGACCCUCUGGGAGGACUCUCUGUUUCCCCCGAGGGCAUUGUGAUGAGGGAUGAACUGGUGUUCCGGACUGUCCGAAAAUACGGGGUACCAAUCCUCAUGGUGACCUCAGGAGGUUACCAGAAACAGACAGCACGGGUCAUAGCUGACUCCAUCCUCAACCUGUACAGCAUGGGACUCAUUCGCAUGAUUUUGUGAAGACUCUGACCACUUAAAAGGCAGCCUUUGGCACCCCUCUCCCAGAAAAUUAUUUUCUAAAAACAGAAGCAUCAGGCAACAGUAACCUCAGACUGGUAUCAGGAUUAGCUGCUAUACAACGAAUUUGGAGCUGGGCCUCUGUAAAAAUAAUUUAUUUUUACCUUUUUCAAGGACAAUAAGAGGGGGAAGGACUUCUCCAAGAUCUCUGACUCCAGAUCUUUGUAUUGAUUCUGGGGCUGGCUCUGGUCUUAUCUGGGUCCCUGGUGGAGGGUAGGGGGACUCCAACCUUACAUUUUCUCCUUCUCCAUCUCUUAACCUUAAGAACCUGGGGUAACCCCUGCCUGGAAAGCAAUAUUUGUCCUCCAAAGUUAUUUCUGUGUGAGCUGACUCCUCUUUUGUCCUGUGGUGGGAGAGGGGGAGGGAGGAAUGGAGAAGGGGGAGAGAGAGAGAGAGAGAGAGAGAGAGAGAGAGAGAGAGAGAGAGAGAGAGCGAGAGAGAGAGAGAGAGAGAGAGAGAGAGAGAGAGAGAGAGAGAGAGCAAGAGAGAGAGAGAGAGAGAGAGAGAGAGAGAGAGAGAGCAAGAGAGAGAGAGAGAGUAGAGUAGAGCCUUUGACAAGUUCUCAUAUGGGCAGUGACUUUGGGGGUAAGCUUCUGUCCUAGACUUUGGAAAUAUACAUAAGAGGAAAUAGGAAAAUUGGACAAAUGUCUGAAGUAAAGGUAAAGAUGGCAGAGAGUCAUGAGUAAGUAGUAAGGAAUGAUUUGGAAGUUAUGAAAGGCAGUGGCAGAAUAAAGAGGGAAAUAGGGCUCUGGUUUUCUGUGAUGGGUAAAUGAGAAUUAGGAGAUCCCUGGUAGAGGAAAAAGACCCUCUCCUACCAGUGACCAACUCUUCUCUAUUCUUUCCCUCUUUUGCCAAACCCCUUUCUAUUUUACCUACUUGCCUCUUUUCUCCUCCCUUUCCUUCUUUGGUUCUCCUUAUUUCCUCUCUCCUUAUUCCUCUUUCUACUCCAAUUUCUGUCCUAGCACCUCUUUUGAUGAAAAAUGUGAAUAAAGUGGGUUUGGACAUAUUUACUGGCCAUUUAUCGAAGAGAAAAGCUCACUGAUGGAGGAGACUGUUUUCUCCAGAAUGAUCUUGGUAAAUGCAUCCUUUCCUAUGUUUACUUCCCCAGCCUGGCCCUUCAUCACAAAAACUCAGAAAGUUCAGGAUAAAAGAGAACUUAGAUCAUAGAACAUCAGAGGUAGAAUAGAUCUUAAAACAGAAUAGUAGAGGCAGAACAAACCUUAGAACAGAAUGACAGAGAUGUAAGGAACCUUAGAACAAAAUACUAGAACUAGAAGAAAACUUAAAACUAAGAAUAUCAGAACUCGAAGGGACCCUUGGAAAGCAUCUAAUUUAACAAUCAUUUUACAGAUGGAAAAACCAAGUUCCAAAGAAAGUAAGUGACUUACCCACAUUCCUAGAAUUAGAUGUUCUUGAGGAUAAUUCAGAAGCCAUUGCAUUGAAGCCUCUAGAAAAGAUGGGCAAGUCACAUCACUUACUAGUGUCUCUGUUUUCUCAAUUGCAAAAUGAAGAAUUGGAUUAGUUGGCCUCUGAGACCCUUGCCAGCUUUAGUUGUAUCAUCCUGGGACUUUCCUUCAAUUCAGACCAAAGCCUGUGAAGCCAGGAUGGCCCUGAGGGGACACUCACAGCUAUCUCCUCAAACCAUUCACUGGGGAAGUUACUCAUGUUUCAGGCUCUUUUGCAGAGCUUGAUUUUGGCAGCUUUUGAGCAUGAUUUUGCCCAAUGAAUUCCCAUUGUUUAAUGAAGGAGAGUGCCUGUGAUCUGAGAGGCUGCCUAUGUGGGAGCAAAGAGCACAAGUCUUUGGCCUGUGAAUCUAGAGAUCUGAGCUCUAGCCCUAGCUAGGUCACUUCAAUGACUAUGUGAUCUUGGAAGUCACUUCUACUCUCUUGACUUCAGUUUUUUCUGUAAAAGGAGAGUUGGACUAGCCCUUAAAUAAGAUUUUGUUGUCACUGUCGCAGUUAGAAAUUUCAAAAUCUCUACCACUAACUUACUAUGUAAUCUUGGGUGACUUACUUACUUGUCUUUGAGCCUCAGUUUCCUCAUCUCUCAACUGAGGAUAAUAAUAUCUUCCCUGUUUACCUUGCAGGAGUGUCUCAAGAAGCAAAUGAAAUAGUAAUAAUAUUAAAAAGCACUUUGAAAAUAUAAAGCACUAUUUAAAUAUAAGGUAGUAUUCUUAACAACAAGAAUGUGGCUACUUUCAUGUACUUUCAAGUUCUUUCUGCUCUAGAUGAUAGGCAGGUGCCCUUGUGGACAGCUGGCCAGAGGUGCUCUUGGCUGAAAGACUCCUGUUUCUCAUAAUGUAGGAGGAACCUUGAGGACCAAUUAGUAUUCCCCCCUCCUUUACUCCUUUACCCCCUCACUCCCUACUUUGGCCACUUAUAGUUCACUUUGAGACCUGUUAACUUGUUUUCUAGAUUUGUUAGGUCUAUAGCACUUGAAGAAUUUUUGUUGUUUUUAUAAGAUAAUUUAUAUAAGACUAAAAUGCAAAGUUAGUGCCAUUUUAUCUUUCAUAGAUGGGGGAUGGAGUGGCGGAGGGAACUGACUUUGUAAUUAACUUGUUUCUGUUCUUCUUGAAAUCAAUAAAAAAAAUUUCAACCAA